AGUUACUUUCUUCAUCAGCAAUAGAUUCUGAAACAUCACCCACCUAAAAAUUGAAAAGAAAAAACAAUGACGUCCCUCUUCGGCAAGUUGGAGGCAGAUGUAGAGAUCAAAGCUUCUGCGGAGCUGCAUCACGAAAUCUUCAGUUGCAGACCACACCAUGUCAACACUAUGAGCCCUGAUAAGAUACAAAAAUGUGAUCUGCAUGAAGGUGAGUGGGGUAAGCAUGGCACUAUCAUCUGCUGGAAUUAUACUCAUGAUGGGGAAGCCAAAGUUGCUAAGGAGCUUAUUGAAAAGAUAGAUGAUGAGAACUUUUCGACCACUUUCAAAGUGAUUGAAGGAGAUCUGUUGAAGGAUUACAACAGUUUCUGGAUAAUCGUUAAAGCUAGCCCAAAGGAGGGGGGAGGCAGCUUGGUACACUGGACUCUUGAGUAUGAGAAGAAGCAUGAGGGUAUUCCAGAUCCUCAUUCACUGCUCGACUUUUGUGUCCAUACCAGCAAGGAUAUCUGUGCUCACCACAGCAAAAAUGAGAAAUGAUUAUGGCAGUCUCACUCUUAUGCGGUGAUGGAUAAUAUUAAUGGGUGUAAUAAAUAAGUGCUUCUGUAAGCAUGUGUGGUUGUGUUAUCUUUAUGUGUGAAUUUCUACCUACUAAUUAAUACAUAUCUGGCUUUCUGUUUUUUGA